UCAGACAUCUUGGGCCGCUGUGCGCAGGGAGCCUGAGCGCCAAGGCAACAAGGAGCCGCCGCCCCCCCGUUCCUUCCCCAGGGCGCUGCGCUGCGCUCUGCGCGUCCGGCCCUUUGUGUGGCGGGCAGCCUCGGGGCUCGCUCCUCCUCCCCUGCCGGCUCGGGCUGCGCAGAGCAUCCCGCACCCCCCCCGCUUGCAUUCAUCCUAAUUCGCCCCCGAGACAAGAUGGCAACGCCGGCGGCUGUAAAUCCUCCCGAAAUGGCUUCAGAUAUUCCUGGAUCAGUGACAUUGCCGGUUGCACCUAUGGCAACAGGACAGAUGAGAAUGGCAGGAUCCAUGCCUGCUAGAGGAGGAAAGAGACGUUCUGGAAUGGACUUUGAUGAUGAAGAUGGGGAAGGUCCCAGCAAAUUUUCAAGGUAUGAUGAUGAUCAAAUCUCUGGUGAUAAGGAAAAAUUUGCAAGGUGGGAAGAUGAUCAAAGUACUGCUGAUGCAGAGAGGAUGGCCAGGGAGAAUCAUAGUGAAAUUGAAAGACGCAGGAGAAAUAAGAUGACACAGUAUAUCACCGAGCUGUCAGAUAUGGUGCCCACCUGCAGUGCAUUGGCCCGUAAACCCGACAAGCUGACAAUUCUGCGUAUGGCUGUUUCGCACAUGAAGUCUAUGAGGGGCACCGGGAAUAAAUCUACUGAUGGGGCAUAUAAGCCUUCUUUCCUAACAGAACAGGAACUGAAACAUCUUAUCCUUGAGGCAGCAGAUGGAUUCCUGUUUGUAGUUGCAGCUGAGACCGGGAGAGUCAUCUACGUAUCAGAUUCCGUUACUCCAGUGCUGAACCAGCCACAGUCGGAGUGGUUUGGCAGCACACUCUAUGAGCAGGUUCAUCCAGAUGAUGUGGAAAAGCUGAGAGAGCAACUGUGUACAUCUGAAAACUCUAUGACAGGGCGAAUUUUGGACUUGAAGACUGGAACAGUAAAGAAGGAAGGUCAGCAGUCCUCAAUGAGGAUGUGCAUGGGAUCAAGACGUUCCUUCAUUUGCAGAAUGAGGUGUGGAAAUGCCCCUUUGGAUCAUUUGCCUCUGAACAGAAUAACCACCAUGCGAAAAAGAUACAGGAAUGGCUUAGGCCCAGUAAAAGAAGGAGAAGCACAGUAUGCAGUAGUUCACUGCACUGGAUAUAUCAAGGCCUGGCCACCAGCAGGAAUGACUAUACCAGAAGAAGAUGCAGAAGUGGGACAAGGUAGCAAAUAUUGCCUUGUGGCAAUAGGGAGGCUUCAGGUAACUAGCUCACCUGUGUGCAUGGACAUGAAUGGAAUGUCUGUUCCUACUGAGUUCUUGUCUAGACACAACUCUGAUGGAAUAAUCACAUUUGUUGAUCCAAGAUGUAUCAGCGUGAUUGGCUACCAACCACAGGAUCUUCUGGGAAAAGACAUUUUAGAAUUCUGCCAUCCGGAAGAUCAGAGCCAUUUGAGAGAGAGUUUCCAACAGGUUGUUAAACUGAAAGGCCAAGUCCUAUCUGUGAUGUAUCGUUUUCGUACCAAAAACCGGGAGUGGAUGUUAAUCAGGACCAGCAGCUUCACUUUUCAGAAUCCUUAUUCUGAUGAAAUUGAAUACAUCAUUUGCACCAACACGAACGUUAAACAGCUUCAGCAACAGCAAGCCGAGCUUGAAGUACAUCAGAGAGAUGGGUUGUCCUCCUAUGACUUAUCUCAGGUACCUGUUCCAAAUAUACCAACUAACGUUCAUGAGGGUGGAAAGCCAGUGGAGAAGCCAGACACUAUCUUCUCCCAGGAGCAGAAUCCUAGGUUUGCUGAGAUGUUUGCAGGAAUAACUGCUUCAGAUAAAAAAAUGAUGGCCUCUGCGUCCCCGGCAGGAAACCAACAGCUUUAUUCUCAGGGGAGCCCAUUCCAGCCAGGACAUUCAGGAAAGGCUUUCAGAAAGAAUGCAACACUGACAAGAAACAGCUCAUCUGUGGUACAUGUGCCUGGUGUGAAUGAUAUCCAGUCCUCUUCUUCAACAGGCCAAAAUUUGACACAGAUCUCUCGUCAGUUAAAUCAGAGUCAGGUUGCCUGGACAGGGAGUCGUCCACCAUUUCCAGGACAGCAAAUCCCAUCACAAUCUGGCAAGACUCAAUCAUCACCCUUUGGAAUUGGAACCAGUCAUACCUAUCCAGCUGAUCCGUCAUCGUACAGCCCUCUCUCUAGCCCAGCCACUUCUUCCCCAAGUGGAAAUGCCUACUCUAGCCUAGCAAACAGAGGUGCAGGGUUUGCUGAGAGUGGCCAAAGCAGUGGACAAUUCCAAGGGAGACCUUCAGAGGUCUGGUCCCAAUGGCAAAGCCAGCAUCAUAAUCAACAAAGCAGUGACCAGCAUUCUCACCAGCAGCCCAGUCAGACUGAAGUCUUCCAAGACAUGCUGCCUAUGCCGGGCGAUCCGACACAGGGCACUGGCAAUUACAACAUUGAAGAUUUUGCUGAUUUGGGCAUGUUUCCACCGUUUUCUGAGUAAUUUACAACGCAGACAAACCCUGUGAAAUGAAGUUCAACAAACCCAUUUUGGUGUGGUUUUGGCUCUGCUUUUUCUGUAUUGCAUUACCGUAGAAUCUACUGACAAGACGUUUUGUUUCUCAUAUUUUGGAUAGUGAUAUAGGAGUUUGCUCUCUCUCCCUUCCGGUGUGUGAGUGCUGAUGAAGAAGUUACACCACUUGGUGGUGGUCAUUGAUAGAUCCAUUUUGUAUUUUCUUGUCAUCUACCUCAGAGAUGAAAAACUUUGUGAAAAAUCUCUGAGUCCUAAAUAUUUGUAUGUGAACAAUUCCUAAUGCUCCCUUUGAAUGGUAAAUUUAAAAUAGGUAAUGAAGUAACAAAGACUAACAGAGAAAAGGUAAGGUAACGUCCAGUUACAGGGUCUAUUGUUCAGUUUCAAUGCCUUGCUUUGAUCUUAAAUUUCUGAAAACAGACUCAGUAUUCUGAUUUCUCUGAUUCUUGAGAUUUUUAGGUCAGUUUGAAUGUGAGAUUAUACAGCAUAAUGUAGUCCUCUCUCUGACCAGAAGAUUCAGCACCUUUUUUCCCCUCUCUUAACCCAGUUAAACUUGAAUAUGUGUACAUUUUAGUACUGUAUGUAUAUCUUGUGCUGUAUGAUGUGAUUUCCUAUAUUGGUAGGGGUUGUUUGUUUCUUUUUGGUGGUGGUGGUGUUUUUUUACAUAUAAAAUGGGUCAAUUCCAGAGUAUACCGAAAGGAAUGACAAUGUAUUGCAGAACUUAGAUAUUGUAGGAUUCUGCAUCGCUUCACUUAGAAAUAACACUAAUUGGUUAAUUCUGGUCAUUCUGAUUUAUGCCAUAUAUUUACUUACGUAAGCUGUUCUUUUUUUCACUGAUUUUAUUAAGUGAGACCUAUAUUUUUAUAAUUUUCUCACUACCUGGUUUUAUUUUAUUUUUUGCCUUCUAUUAUUGUAUCCUCCCAAAAGAUCCUUUUAUAAAAUUACUGUACAAAACAUAUCAAGAAUACUGUUUUAGCACCAGCAGCAUUUCCUGUCUGUGAACCCCUUUAUCUCUUGUGCAACAUUAGAUUUUAACAGUUAAGAAGUGCUCUGUUACAACAGAGUCAUCUAGUCUCAUUUCCUGAGAGCAGUGAGCUAGUUUGUUUCAUGUGCCAAACAAUAUUGUUAAAACUAGUUUGUAAUAGGAACCAACCAGUCAAGCCACUGUCUGCCAAAAACACUGUGGCGUUAACUUGAAUUUUCACUUGCAUGCUAAACUGCUGAGCAUCCACCUACUUCUGUUAAACCCACUGUAUAAGGGUUUCAGUUCACUGGGCAUUUUGGAGACUCAGGUCAUCCAGAAGGGUGCAUGCUCUGAGUCUUUCUGCCUGGAAUAUCCAUCAGAAACUUCUAGAAUUUCUGUUCCUUUAUUUAUUUUAUCACGUCAGCUGAGUUACAGAGAUCUGAUCUAAAAUGAAGAGUUAGGGCCAAAUAGUCCCUGCUUGGGGGGAAAAAUCACCCCUGGGCAAGAAACUCAUAAUUCCCACUUGCUGAGCUUCUUUGAAAUUCUUUGUAGGUUGCAGCCCAGCCCUCUUGAAAAGUGGGGAGAGGGUCCAGCUGCCUAAACCUGUGGAUGCCCUGGGAUCCACGCAAAUCUCUGGACACCUAAAAGAAGCCAUGGCCACCCACCAAGAGGCCUGGUGACUCCACACAUUGCCAGCCCACAUGCUGCCAUUGCCUGGCUACUUGAAGCUACCUCUGAAUUCAGAGGUGUCUUCCAGCAGGGAGGACUAUUGGCAUACACUGUGUCAGCAUUGUCUUACAUGCGUAAUCAGAGGGGGUUCUUUGGGUGGAUGAUGCCAUGGAGAGCAGCCAUCUCCCUAACUCAUGGCCUGCUCUGGCCACAUGGGUCUCAUCCAGAGAGACUUCCACAGGCUGUCAGACGAAAGCUAGCGGGCCACAGAGACACUGCUCCUAACCCUAAUCCUGUGACUGGGGCUUUUCUCACCCAACUCCGCUUUCUGGCACGUCACAUAGUGGGGUAAGUGAUCUUCAGUGUUCAGUGAGAGUCGUGCCUGAUGUUUGUCUCUUCGCUUCAUUCUCCAGGACCAGUCUCCAGCCCUGUGUGCCACUGGAGGGAUGCUUUGUGUAUGUGUGUUUUUUGCUUGUGUUUUUUAAUGAAAACUGAAUCUAGUUCAAAGCUAGAUAAAGAACUGCAGAGGCCCAAAUCUCUGGACUGUACUUGUCUCAGCAGAAUCAUCCUGUUUUAAAAAUGGGAACCUCUUCUCCUUCCCCAGGGGAUGAGGGGAAUACUCAGCUAGCUGAGGAAACAAUGCACUUAAACUAUAUUUAUUUUAAUACCUGGAUAUUGAUUCUCUUGAAGCUGCCCCUGCUGCCCUUCACUCCCAUCUCUCACACACUGCAUGGACAAAGAACUGAUCAGUGAGUUAGACCAGAAAAGCUCUGCUCCCUGUAGUGAGCAUAUCCGUUGAAUUCGCUGACCCCCCGCCAUAAAAGAUGCCUGUAUUCUACACAUGGCUGUGUGGGUGAGGUGAGACAUCUGUGCAAUAGGGAAUGAUAGUAAAAGGAGAAGUAGAUGAUCCUGAUUCUUUGACAGAUCUAACAAUGGGGGAAGAAGGGAGUGGCCCAGCAAUUUGUAGCUCUUUAUACAAUGCACUGGACAUGAUACAUUCAGUAUUUUUAAAAAAUUUUAAAUGAGGAUUUCUGUCAAGUGAAAAAUGGAUUGGAAAUUGGUGUUUCUAUGUUGCAGUCUACCUGACUGGUUGUUCUGCGUGUAUGUAUACUUUACUUGUUCCUGAAUUCAGUCUAAAAUAAUGUGUUUAUGAAAACUGGCUUUUCCAGCCCAGAAAAGUUUCUCUACAUAUCACUGUCUUUUUAUACUAUCAAUGUGUAGAAGUAGGCUUGUCAGUCAGUAUUCGGUAGUACAGUUCAAAGUUCUUUGUUAAAAGAUAUUCAGGCAUGUCUAUUUUUUAAAAAUACAGUAUUACUAGUUUGAAGCCAGUGUGCCCAAGGCAUCAGUGCUAGGUCUGUUUCUUGUCUUCUUUCUCCCCAUUCUUGUGGCCACAAAAGGGAAUUACUGUAGUAAUACCUGUAACCCCCCCAUAACCCAAGCCUGAGCCAAGAUGUACAGUACCUUCCCUCUCAACUUGUGUAUAUUUUAUUUUAAACAUUACUUUAAUAAAAUUCCUAAAGGCCAGUCUAGAAGAGUGCAAAGUUUUCACCCACUUCACUUUGGGCCACAGUGUGCCCCUGUUCAGCCCAGGAUAGCAGAAUACAACGCUUUCUCCCUGUUUCUCCAUUCUCCCAAGCUCCCCUCCAGCUGAUCCUACCCAUGGUAUCUUGACAUUGCUUUCCCUAAUUUGCAAGGGAAGAUGUGGGUGAUCUUUUCUGAGGAUGCUGUUAGUUUCAUGCCAGCAAGAAGGGAGCUCUUAAGGAGCAUUAUGGUUGGCAACCUUAUUCCUGAGACAAGUGAAUAGGCAAGUCCAACAUUCACUAGUGCUUCUAGGGCACACAUCUACAGUAUGUGCCACCUCCAUGCCACUGGCUGGCUCUUUUGAAAUACUGUAUCUUUCUCAUUCUAAUUUUUGUGGCAGCAAAGACUGUUUUAGCAUCAAUUAAGCUAUAUUCUUUGUUGUGUGUCUUGAUGGUAAUAAAACAACUUACAUGUAUAAUGACUGAAGUUGCUAAGUGCAUUUUAAAACUGUCCUUAUUUAUUUGUGCAGUUAGCAUAACACCUGUGGUAGGUCAGCUGCCAGCUUGCAGAUUUUACAUGCAGAUUUUGUUAUACCUGCAGACUUGUGUUUUCUGAUCAAAUUUUAUUGCAGACACAGUGUUUCUGAAAUCAGUAUGAAAUACAGAAUACAGAACUCAAGCUUUUUAAAUCAAGUGUGCAAGAAGCUACAAAUGAUGAUGUAAUAAGCUGAGUAAGUUACUUCAGUGAGUAAGCUUAUAGACUGGGCAUUUACUUACUCGUUCAUAUAAUCAAGCCUGUUUCCUGACAUUAAGUAUUUUACAGGAAUGAUUGUAUUGCAUAACUUGUUAAAGGCACUACUGACAGUGCCUACAAUUAUACUUUAACCAGAUGUGUCCAUAACUAGCUUUGUUGCCUUCUUUUUCGUGAAGCCCAGUCUGAAACUGUAAAUACUUUUUGCAGUACUGCCUUUUUUAACUCCUAAUUACUUUUGGCACAGUGUUAUAUAGUGUUGGAUUUACCCAAUUGCUAUAACAUAUAUUUUUAUACAUAGGCAACAUACUCUUUUUCGAGAGUAAUACAGCCACUUAAUCAUUAAUGCCUUAUCGGUGUCAGACUGCUGUUGCUCUUUGGUUGGUUGGUUUGCAAGGUAUCCAGUGGAUAAAUUUUUAAGUCAGAUAUUUUCAUAUUCAUAGCAGUGCUCAAAUUGGGAUAUAGGUGAUUGUGUGGUAGCCCCAGUUUUCACUGUCGCCAGUUGUGGAGAGGCGGGGGAAUGUAUUCCAAAAUAGCGGAAAGGAGGGGGGGAAAGGGAGGACGUACCAUGAUGUUUGUGGGGGCACUCUCCUCCUGCUCCAAACUUGAGCACGUUUUCAUGAGUUGACAGCUUCGUGGAUAUGGACCAAUUUGCUUAGAGUCAUGAUCUUUUUUUAAAGAUAAUAAAUGCCAAAAAAAAAAAAAAAAGGCUUCUGUUGUCAAUUUAGGCGCUUGGUUACUUAUCUGUUUAAACUCUUUAUGUUGCUGUGAAUUUGUGCUGUGGAUAAAGUGUAUUUUGUACUUCUGAAUGUUCUAUAUUUAUGACUAACAGUUACGGAAUCAGUUGUGUGUAUGUAUAUCUAAUAACUGACUUUUUAAAUUUCAUUACAAUAAAAAUGUCAUGAGCUGUUA